AUGACUAGUUCGGUUGCAGCCGCUGAAAUUCCAAGUGAUACGUCGCGUGAAGAUUGUAAUGACGCAAACAUUUACAACUUCAGGAAUAGAAUAAAUGCUAACGAAUUAUAUGACUUUUAUCUUGGAAAAGGAUCGUAUGUUAUAUGCGGCCUUCAUCCAGUCAAGCAAUUAUCGUUGCCCAAUAAAGCCGGAAACAACGUCAUCAGUCUGUCACAGCAUGCGGAAUUAACAACGCUGGAUGUGUGGUUCUGUCAAAGGCAUACUUGA